AUGGCAACACAUCACCUCCUUGUCCUGGACAUCUUUUUCUUCCUCACUGGACUCUCAGGUAAGUGAGGGAAGACAUUUUGUUGUUUGAUAUUAUUAGACUCACUUCCUCUAACUCAGACACUGAGACUGAGUACAUGCUGAAAGUCAUAAAACUUGUAAUGUUCCGUUUACUUUGCCCAUAGACAUUUUAGUCACAUUAUAGAUUUUCAGUAUUUUGUCGUCAAUGUAUUGAUGAAUUGUAUAUGAUUUAUUUUGUGAAACAGUUGUACUUUUUAGCAUUUCUGUUUUUUUGUUGUUUUGCAUAACACAUUUUAAUAAACUUCCAGUAAAACAGAACAAACAUAUUAAGAAAUAGAAAAUAAAAAGCUCCCAUGUCUAUCAAUAUGAGAAAAUAUUGAUAUUUUUACCUAUAUGUUUUAAACAAAUAAGCCAGUAAAAAAAAAAUACGGAACUCAAUAUUGUACACAAUAAUCCAAUCAAUGUUUCAGUAUCUAAUAAACAUUCCAAUAACUUAUUUUUGUCAAACAUAACUUUAAAUUGAUUGAAACUAGAGAUUGUCUCCAUAGUUUAGGGGUGCAGUAAAUUCCAUGUCAAAGCUACACUAUAUAUACAAAAGUAUGUGGACACCCCUUCAAAUUAGUGGAUUCGGCUAUUUCAGCCACACCCGUUGCUGACAGGUGUAAAAAAAAAAAAGAGCACACAGCCAUGCAAUCUCCAUAGACAAACAUUGGCAGUAGAAUAGCCUUACUGAAGAGCUCAGUGAAUUUCAACGUGACAGCUAGAGCUGCCCCAGUCAACUGUAAAUGCUAUUAUUGUGAAGUGGAAACGUCUAGGAGCAACAACGGCUCAGCCACAAUGUGGUAGGCCACACAAGCUCACAAAACGGGACCACCGAGAGCUGAAGUGCGUAUGCACGUAAAAAUCGUAUGUCCUCGGUUGCAACACUCACUACCGAGUUCCAAACGGCCUCUGGAAGCAACGUCAGCACAAGUACUGUUCGUCUGGAGCAUCAUGAAAUUGGUUUCCAUGGCGGAGCAACCACCAUUUGUCUGCUGGAGUGGUGUAAAUCUCGCCGCUAUUGGACUUUGGAGCAGUGGAAACACAUUCUCUGGAGUGAUAAAUCAUGCUUCACCAUCUGGCAGUCCGACGGAUGAAUCUGGGUUUGGCGGAUCCCAGGAGAACGCUACCUGCCCUAAUGCAUAGUGCCAACUGUACAUUUUGGUGGAGGAGGAAUAAUGGUCUGGGGCUGUUUUUCAUGGUUUGGGCUAGGCCCCUUAGUUCCCGUGAAGGGAAAUCUUAACGCUACAGCAAACAAUGACAUUCUAGAUGAUUCUGUGCUUCCAACUUUGUGGCAACAGUUUAGGGAAGGCCCUUUCCUGUUUCAGCAUGACGAGGUCCAGACAUGGUUUGUUGAGAUUUGUGUGGAAGAACUUGAUUGGACUGCACAGAGCCCUGACCUCAACCAUAUCAAACACCUUUGGGAUGAAUUGGAACACCGACUGCGAGCCAUGCCUAAUUGCCCAACAUCAGUGCCCGAUCUCACUACUACUCUUGUGGCUGAAUGGAAGCAAGUCCCCGCAGCAAUAAUCCAACAUCUAGUGGAAAGCCUUCCCAGAAGUGUGGAGGCUGUUAUAGCAGCAAAGGGGGGACCAACUCCAUAUUAAUUCCCAUGAUUUUGGAAUGAGAGCAUGUGUCCACAUACUUUUGGUCAAGUAGUGUAAAAAUGAAUUCAAUGGUUAAAGUGUUGCCUCUGUUCUCAUGGCUCGACUUGGGUGUCACAACAUCAGCAGUUUCUGAGUCAAUAACUGGUGUCACAAACACAUGGUGUGGGAACCAACAACAGUUUGCCUCAGUUUUCUCCAGAUGUCACAAGUUCAUGCAUUAUGUCAAGUUGUUUGGCUUAUUAUCUGAUGGGACUCUGGAGCAGCUGGGUAAAAUUAAAUCUAAUUGUGUUUUAUGUUGAUGUGUCUGCAGGUACACAGAGUGCUUCCACAGUGAGUCAUGUUUCUGUGAGGAAAGGAAGCUCCAUCACCAUCACGUCUCUAUGAUCAGAGCUAUAGAAACAAUGUGAAAUACUGGUGCAGAGGAUCUGAUUGGUUUGGUUGCUCUACUGUAGUACUCACUGACCAUCCUAAGAGCAGUGGUACAAGUCUACGUGAUUCUGAUUAAUAUUGGUGUAUUGUGGAGAGGAUGGAUUGGGUAGAUGAUGGGGUUGGACUCCAGCUAUCUGUUACUCCAGCUAAGAUCCAUGCACUGCUGUGUCCAUUUAAGAUGAAUUAAUUGUAGUGCUCAAUCGUGUCCCAUAAAGUAAUAUCCCAUAAUAGUCCUGUUGAUGAGUGUAUUACUUGGAAGCAGUCAUACACAUAUUCACCACAUUAAUAAAUUGGUAGACUACAAACAUUCCUGUGCAAAUCCUGGGUCAGAACAGACUGUGUUUGAUAGAAUCACAUGUUGCUGUAUCAUUAUCUAACACACUGUCUGUUCUGUAUGCUCUAGUCUACAUCUAUUGUACAUACUAUCAGUGACUGAACCAGUGUUUCAACAUACACUUUCUCAGUGUUAUAUGAAUAUCAAUGAUGACUAGGUAGUCUCCUAAUUAUAUUGGUGUUUUCAUUAUCAGACUCAUCCAAUCACAACCUUUAUCUACAUUGUGUUCAUGUAUUCCAGAACUCUAUGUGCAACAACAACAGAUGACUGGAGUUGUAGGAGGGAGUGUCACUGUGCACUGUUACUAGAGUCGCAAAUGGGACUUCCAAAUGGACAAUGACCACAAGCAUACAUCCAAAGUUGUGGCAAAAUGGCUUAAGGACAACAAAGUCAAGGUAUUGGAGUGGCCAUCACAAAGCCCUGACCUCAAUCCUAUAGAAAAUGUGUGGGCAGAACUGAAAAAGCAUGUGUGAGCAAGGAGGCCUACAAACCUGACUCAGUUACACCAGCUCUGUCAGGGGGAAUGGGCCAAAAUUCACCCAACUUAUUACAUUUACAUUUUGCAGGCGCUCUUAUCCAGAGCAACUUACAGUUAGUGAGUGCAUACAUUUUUCAUACUGGCCCCCCCGUGGGAAUCAAACCCACAACACUGGCGUUGCAAGCACCAUGCUCUACCAACUGAGCUACAGUAGGCCUAUAUUAUUAUGAGAAGCUUGUGGAAAGCUUCCCGAAACGUUUGACCCAAGUUAAACAAUUUAAAGGCAAUGCUACCAAACACUAAUUGAUAGUAUGAAAACUUCUGACCCACUGGGAAUAUGAUGAAAGAAAUAAAAGCUAAAAUAAAUCAUUCUCUCUACUAUUAUUCUGACAUUUCACUUUCUUAAAAUAUAGUGGUGAUCCUAACUGACCUAAAACAGGGAAUUUUUACUGGGAUUAAAUGUCAGCAAUUGUGAAAAACUGAGUUUAAAUGUAUUUGGCUAAGGUGUAUGUAAACUUCCGACUUCAACUGUACAUCUGGAGCCAGGGGACACUGGGUAUUACUGGUGUGACAUUGAUAUCAAAGGAGUAGUGGAUGACGGAGUAAGAGUGUCGUUAUCUGUCACUCAAGGUAAGAUUCUUACACUGCUAGCAUCUGUGUUCAGUAAAGCAGAAUGAAUAGGGUUCAGUAAUGUCCCAUAAACGGUCCUAUAUGUUCAAUAUGUUACUUUUCCCGCUGUAGCUGUCUAAAACAAUCUUAAGUUAAUAAUAUUAUCCCCGGCCCCUAAUAAAUUACCCCACGCUGUCCAUACUUCAGAGAAAUGCUUUUUAUUUCAAUUUGAAUAAAAUGUUUUAUGACUGAAUAGUGAUAGUGUCUAUAUGAUAUGUGUUAUCUGAUACAUUACCUUUGUCUUUCUGUCUCUCUGAGUUCAGGUAUUCCAGGCCUUUACGUUGACCAACAACAGGUGACUGGAAUUGUUGGAGCGGGUCUCACUGUCAAUUGCUAAUAUGGUAAUUCUGGAGUUAUGAUGUGGUGCUAUGAGGUGCUAUGGUUCUGGUGCUAUGAGGUGGUGGCUCUUGUGUGGAGAGGAAUGUUGGGAAUUUAGAUGGAGAAUCAGUAUAAAUAAAGUGAAUAAUUGAUGCCAAUGGAAGACAAGUUGUGAUAUUGACUAUAAGUAGAUAGGAAGGCAAUGGUUGCAUUGGCUGGGGCUCUUGUUCAGUGCCACUUUGAUUUUUGCAUGCUCUUCCUGGUACAACAGUGCCCUCUAGUGCCCUCUAGAAAUUAAAAACAAAUUGCAGACAUCUCAGAAGAAAUUAGUUAGGAUUAUUCUCAGAUUUCCAGCACAUACUCAUCUUGACCACUCCCACUUUGAAAGCCUCAGAUGUCUCAAAGUGGAGGAGAGAGUGAGCGGUAGGCCUACAGUAUGUGGGUGAGAAGGUAAUUCCCGGGAUAGCAUAUGGGUCGACUUUUGGUGCCUAUUUUGUUUUAUAUUGUGUCAAAUGUAUUGUGUUAGAGCUAAAUGAGACAAGGGCGAUGUACCUCUCCCCCUUAAAAGGACCACAAUGGAAAUACACGUUUUCAAGCUUUAUUGUGUUAUACUUGAUGAAUUAUUGUAUUGUCUGUGGAGGUGUCUACUCUCAGGAAUUGUGAAAAACUGAGUUUAAAUGUAUUUGGCUAAGGUGUAUGUAAACUUCCGACUUCAACUGUAUUUAACUGGUCAAGAGUUUUGUCACACUUGGUGUCUAUAACUCAGAGAAAAUAGAUAUCACAUGUGGCGUUCCACAAGUUUCGAUUUUGGGUCCGGUAUUGUUCAGUUUAUAUACAGUGCAUUCGGAAAGUAUUCAGACCCCUUCCAUUUUUCCACAUUUUGUUACAUUACAGCCUUAUUCUAAAAUUGAUUAAAAAAAAUAAUAAUCUCAUCAAUCUACACAAUACCACAUAAUGACAAAGCAAAAACAGGUUUUUAGAAUUUUUUGCAAAUGUAUAAACAAUAAAAAUGGAAAUAUCACAUUUACAUUAUUAUUCAGACCCUUUACUCAGUACUUUGUUGAAGCACCUUUGGCAGUGAUUACAACCUUGAGUCUUCUUGGGUAUGACACUAAGAGGUAUGUUUCGUUCAUCUUUCCCUCGAUUCUGACUAGUCUCCUAGUCCCUGCCGCUGAAAAACAUCCCCACAGUAUGAUGCUGCCACCACCAUGCUUCAUCGUAGGGAUGGUGCCUAGUUUUCUCCAGACGUGAUGCUUGGCAUUCAGGCCAAAGAGUUAAAUCUAGGUUUCAUCAGACCAGAGAAUCUUGUUUCUCAUGGUCUGAGAGUCCUUUAGGUGCCUUUUGGCAAACUGGCGGGCUGUCAUGUGCAUUUUACUGAGGAGUGGCUUCCAUCUGGCCACUCUACCACUAAGGCCUGAUUGGUGGAGUGCUGCAAAGAUGGUUGUCCGUCUGGAAGGUUCUCCCAUCUCCACAGAGGAACUCUGGAGCUCUAUCAGAGUGCCCAUCGGGUUCUUGGUCAUCUCCCUGACCAAGGCCCUUCUCCCCUGAUUGCUCAGUCUUGGUGGUUCCAAACUUCUUCCAUUUAAGAAUGAUGGAGGCCACUGUGUUCUUGGGGACCUUCAAUGCUGCAGAAAUCUUUGGUACCCUUCCCCAGAUUUGUGCCUCGACACAAUCCUGUCUCGGAGCUCAACGGACAAUUCCUUCGACCUCAUGGCUUUGUUUUUGCUCUGACAUACACUGUCAACUGUGGGACCUCAUAUAGACAGGUGUGUGCCUUUCCAAAUUAUGUCCAAUCAAUUGAAUUUACCACAGGUGGACUCCAAUCAAGUUGUAGAAACAUCUCAAGGAUGAUCAAUGGAAACAGGAUGCACCUGAGCUCAAUUUAGAGUCUCAUAGCAAAGGGUCUGAAUUCUUAUGUAAACAAGGUAUUACUGUUCUUUAUUUUUAAUACAUUUGCAAACAUUUCUAAAACCUGUUUUCAACUUGUCACUAUGGGGUAUUGUGUGUAGAUUGAUGAGGAAAAUGUUUUAUUUAAUCCAUUUUAGAAUAAGGCUGUAACGUAACAAAAUGUGGAAAAAGUGAAGGGGUCUGAAUACUUUGUGAAUGCACUGUAUGUUAGCCCUUGGCAGUGUUAUAAGAAAGCACAACAUUGAUUUUCACUGCUAUGCAGACAAUACACAACUUUACAUUUCUGUGUCACAAGAGGAUUUUAGCUCCACAGACAAAUUAUUAGACUGUAUUAGUGAUGUAAAUACUUGGAUGGCUCACAACUUCCUCCAGUUAAAUCAAGACAAGACCGAGGUACUUAUUUUUGGAGCCAAAGCACAGCGAGAGAAUCUGGCCGCACAUUUUAAUUUACGGGCAAUUAAGAUAAAACACCAGGUAUAAAACCUAGUUGUCAUUUUAGAUUCUGAACUCAAUUUCUAAUCACACAAAAGGAAUGUGACCAAAAUAGCUUUUUACCACAUCAGGAACAUUGCCAAGGUGCGGCCGUUUCUAUCUCAGGCUGAUACAGAGAGACUCAUCCAUGCUUUUAUUAAAAGCAGGCUUGACUACUGUAAUGCUCUCCUGUCUGGUCUACCCAAGAAAGCCAUUGGUCAACUGCAAAUCAUACAGAAUGCUGCAGCACGGGUACUGACCAAGACAAGACGGAAAGCACACAUUACACCGGUUUUAAAGUCUCUGCACUGGCUGCCUGUGAGUUUUAGAAUGAAUUCUAUUGGUUUUCAAGUCGAUCCACGAUUGUGCACCCCAAUACAUAUCAGACAUGCUUUUAUUUAAUUAAUUUUUUAAAAGUUAUAUACCCAGUAGGUCUGUCACGCCCUGGCUCUGGGGACACUUGUAUGUUGAGCCAGGGUGUGCAUUUCAUUUGUGUAUCUAGUAUGUGUAUUUCUAUGUUGGCCUGAGUGGCUCCCAAUCAGAGGCAACGAGUGUCAGCUGUCGUUGGUUGUCUCUGAUUGGGAGCCAUAUUUAAACUGUCUGUUUCCCAUUUGUGUUUGUGGGAUCUUGUUUCAAGUCUGUUUAUGUUAGACCGUGAACUGUCACGUAUCGUUUGUUGUUUUUGAUCGUGUCUCUAAUUAAAGAGUAUGUUUGCCUGCAACGCUGCGCCUUGGUCCUCAUCUUUGGUAGACGAUCGUGACAGAAGAUCCCACCUCGACUGGAUCAAGCAGCGUGACGAGGAGAGAGGAUGGACUUGGGAGGAGAUGAGUGCGAGUCUGGAAAGAGGGAUGGAGGCCUUGGCCACGGGUAGGAGUGAAGCCCAUACAUUUUUUAGGGGGGGGCUAACGCCGUGGACGACGGGGCAGCAGGAGGCCGCCAGGUUACGGGAGUCACUGGUCACCAGGGGGAAGGAGGAUGUAGAGGCACGGCGAGAGGUACUGGCGUGUGUUGCCAGUCUGGUCCGGCCUGUUCCUGAUCCCCACGUAGGGCCAGUGGUGUGUGUUCCCAGUACGGUCCGGCCUGUUCCUGCCACUCGCACCAAGUCAGUGGUGAGCUUCGUCAGCCCGGCACGGCCCGUUCCUGCUCCCCGCACCAAGUCAGUAGUGCGCGUCGUCAGCCCGGUCCGGCCCAUUCCUGCUCCCCGCACCAAGUCAGUGGUGCGUUUCGUCAGCCCGGCGCGGCCCGUUCCUGCUCCCCGCACCAAGUCAGUGGUGCGCGUCGUCAGCCCGGUCCGGCCCAUUCCUGCUCCCCGCACCAAGUCAGUGGUGCGUUUCGUCAGCCCAGCUCGGCCCGAUCCUGCUCCCCGCACCAAGUCAGUGGUGCGCUUCGUCAGCCCGGCACGGCCCAUUCCUGCUCCCCGCACCAAGUCAGUGGUGCGCUUCGUCAGCCCGGUCCGGCCCGCUCCUGCUCCCCGCACCAAGUCAGUGGUGCGUUUCAUCAGCCCGGUCCGGCCCGCUCCUGCUCCCCGCACCAAGUCAGUGGUGCGUUUCGUCAGCCCGGUGCGGCCCGCUCCUGCUCUCCACACCAAGCCAGUGGUGUGCGUCGUCAGUCCGGCACGGCCCGUGCCUGUUCCACCGGUGGCUGGUCCGGCACCGGUCAGAUGCUUCACGCCGGAGCUAGAGCAAUCCGCUCCACCAGUGUGCAGUCCAGCUCCGGCCAGCGGGGCCAGACCGGACCAGGGGUACUUUGGGGGGUUGGAGAGGGAGCGGGGAUCAGGCCCGGAGCCGGAUCCGCCGCCUAAGCGGAGUGCCCAUCCGGUCCCUCCCCUGUGGUGUUUGGUGGGCGCGGUCGGAGUCCGCGCCUUUAGGGGGGGGUACUGUCACGCCCUGGCUCUGGGGACACUUGUAUGUUGAGCCAGGGUGUGCAUUUCAUUUGUGUAUCUAGUAUGUGUAUUUCUAUGUUGGCCUGAGUGGCUCCCAAUCAGAGGCAACGAGUGUCAGCUGUCGUUGGUUGUCUCUGAUUGGGAGCCAUAUUUAAACUGUCUGUUUCCCAUUUGUGUUUGUGGGAUCUUGUUUCAAGUCUGUUUAUGUUAGACCGUGAACUGUCACGUAUCGUUUGUUGUUUUUGAUCGUGUCUCUAAUUAAAGAGUAUGUUUGCCUGCAACGCUGCGCCUUGGUCCUCAUCUUUGGUAGACGAUCGUGACAGAAGAUCCCACCUCGACUGGAUCAAGCAGCGUGACGAGGAGAGAGGAUGGACUUGGGAGGAGAUGAGUGCGAGUCUGGAAAGAGGGAUGGAGGCCUUGGCCACGGGUAGGAGUGAAGCCCAUACAUUUUUUAGGGGGGGGCUAACGCUGUGGACGACGGGGCAGCAGGAGGCCGCCAGGUUACGGGAGUCACUGGUCACCAGGGGGAAGGAGGAUGUAGAGGCACGGCGAGAGGUACUGGCGUGUGUUGCCAGUCCGGUCCGGCCUGUUCCUGAUCCCCACGUAGGGCCAGUGGUGUGUGUUCCCAGUACGGUCCGGCCUGUUCCUGCCACUCGCACCAAGUCAGUGGUGAGCUUCGUCAGCCCGGCACGGCCCGUUCCUGCUCCCCGCACCAAGUCAGUAGUGCGCGUCGUCAGCCCGGUCCGGCCCGCUCCUGCUCCCCGCACCAAGUCAGUGGUGCGCGUCGUCAGUCCGGUCCGGCCCAUUCCUGCUUCCCGCACCAAGUCAGUGGUGCGUUUCGUCAGCCCGGCGCGGCCCGUUCCUGCUCCCCGCACCAAGUCAGUGGUGCGCGUCGUCAGCCCGGUCCGGCCCAUUCCUGCUCCCCGCACCAAGUCAGUGGUGCGUUUCGUCAGCCCAGCUCGGCCCGAUCCUGCUCCCCGCACCAAGUCAGUGGUGCGCUUCGUCAGCCCAGCACGGCCCGUUCCUGCUCCCCGCACCAAGUCAGUGGUGCGCUUCGUCAGCCCAGUCCGGCCCGCUCCUGCUCCCCGCACCAAGUCAGUGGUGCGUUUCGUCAGCCCGGUCCGGCCCGCUCCUGCUCCCCGCACCAAGUCAGUGGUGCGUUUCGUCAGCCCGGCGCGGCCCGCUCCUGCUCUCCACACCAAGCCAGUGGUGUGCGUCGUCAGUCCGGCACGGCCCGUGCCUGUUCCACCGGUGGCUGGUCCGGCACCGGUCAGAUGCUUCACGCCGGAGCUAGAGCAAUCCGCUCCACCAGUGUGCAGUCCAGCUCCGGCCAGCGGGGCCAGACCGGACCAGGGGUACUUUGGGGGGUUGGAGAGGGAGCGGGGAUCAGGCCCGGAGCCGGAUCCGCCGCCUAAGCGGAGUGCCCAUCCGGUCCCUCCCCUGUGGUGUUUGGUGGGCGCGGUCGGAGUCCGCGCCUUUAGGGGGGGGUACUGUCACGCCCUGGCUCUGGGGACACUUGUAUGUUGAGCCAGGGUGUGCAUUUCAUUUGUGUAUCUAGUAUGUGUAUUUCUAUGUUGGCCUGAGUGGCUCCCAAUCAGAGGCAACGAGUGUCAGCUGUCGUUGGUUGUCUCUGAUUGGGAGCCAUAUUUAAACUGUCUGUUUCCCAUUUGUGUUUGUGGGAUCUUGUUUCAAGUCUGUUUAUGUUAGACCGUGAACUGUCACGUAUCGUUUGUUGUUUUUGAUCGUGUCUCUAAUUAAAGAGUAUGUUUGCCUGCAACGCUGCGCCUUGGUCCUCAUCUUUGGUAGAUGAUCGUGACAAGGUCCCUCAGGUCCUCUGGCUCUGGCCUUUAACUAUCCCAAAGCCUAGGACCAAGAGGCACGGAGAGGCAGUUUUUAGUUACUAUGCCCCCUGUCUCUGGAAUAGCCUGUCAGAGAACCUGAGGGGGGCCGAAAACAGUGGACAUAUUUAAAUAGAAUCGUAAAAAACACCAUUUUAGCUUUGCUUUUCCUUAGGGUGCUUUUUUAGUCUUUCAGUUUUAAAUUGUUAUACUUUUGUUAUGUUUAUCCUCUUGUGUUUCUUGUGUAGUAGAUAUUUCAGUUGUAUUUUAAUUGUUUAUUUGUUUUUUCCUGUAAAGUGCAUUGUGUUGCAUUCAUGUCUGAAAUGCUCUAUAUACAGUGGGGGAAAAAAGUAUUUAGUCAGCCACAAAUUGUGCAAGUUCUCCCACUUAAAAAGAUGAGAGAGGCCUGUAAGUUUCAUCAUAGGUACACGUCAACUAUGACAGACAAAUUUAGAAGAAAAAAAAUCCAGAAAAUCACAUUGUAGGAUUUUUUAUGAAUUUAUUUGCAAAUUAUGGUGGAAAAUAAGUAUUUGGUCACCUACAAACAAGCAAGAUUUCUGGCUCUCACAGACCUGUAACUUUUUCUUUAAGAGGCUCCUCUGUCCUCCACUCGUUACCUGUAUUAAUGGCACCUGUUUGAACUUGUUAUCAGUAUAAAAUACACCUGUCCACAACCUCAAACAGUCACACUCCAAACUCCACUAUGGCCAAGACCAAAGAGCUGUCAAAGGACACCAGAAACAAAAUUGUAGACCUGCACCAGGCUGGGAAGACUGAAUCUGCAAUAGGUAAGCAGCUUGGUUUGAAGAAAUCAACUGUGGGAGCAAUUAUUAGGAAAUGGAAGACAUACAAGACCACUGAUGAUCUCCCUCGAUCUGGGGGCUCCACGCAAGAUCUCACCCUGUGGGGUCAAAAUGAUCACAAGAACGGUGAGCAAAAAUCCCAGAACCACACGGGGGGACCUAGUGAAUGACCUGCAGAGAGCUGGGACCAAAGUAGCAAAGCCUACCAUCAGUAACACACUACGCCGCCAGGGACUCAAAUCCUGCAGUGCCAGACGUGUCCCCCUGCUUAAGCCAGUACAUGUCCAGGCCCCUCUGAAGUUUGCUAGAGUGCAUUUGGAUGAUCCAGAAGAGGAUUGGGAGAAUGUCAUAUGGUCAGAUGAAACCAAAAUAGAACUUUUUGGUAAAAACUCAACUCGUCGUGUUUGGAGGACAAAGAAUGCUGAGUUGCAUCCAAAGAACACCAUACCUACUGUGAAGCAUGGGGGUGGAAACAUCAUGCUUUGGGGCUGUUUUUCUGCAAAGGGACCAGGACGACUGAUUCGUGUAAAGGAAAGAAUGAAUGGGGCCAUGUAUCGUGAGAUUUUGAGUGAAAACCUCCUUCCAUCAGCAAGGGCAUUGAAGAUGAAACGUGGCUGGGUCUUUCAGCAUGACAAUGAUCCCAAACACACUGCCCGGGCAACGAAGGAGUGGCUUCGUAAGAAGCAUUUCAAGGUCCUGGAGUGGCCUAGCCAGUCUCCAGAUCUCAACCCCAUAGAAAAUCUUUGGAGGGAGUUGAAAGUCUGUGUUGCCCAGCGACAGCCCCAAAACAUCACUGCUCUAGAGGAGAUCUGCAUGGAGGAAUGGGCCAAAAUACCAGCAACAGUGUGUGAAAACCUUGUGAAGACUUACAGAAAACGUUUGACCUGUGUCAUUGCCAACAAAGGGUAUAUAACAAUGUAUUGAGAAACUUUUGUUAUUGACCAAAUACUUAUUUUCCACCAUAAUUUGCAAAUAAAUUCAUAAAAAAUCCUACAAUGUGAUUUUCUGGAUAUUUUUUUCUAAUUUUGUCUGUCAUAGUUGACGUGUACCUAUGAUGAAAAUUACAGGCCUCUCUCAUCUUUUUAAGUGGGAGAACUUGCACAAUUGGUGGCUGACUAAAUACUUUUUUCCCCCACUGUAAAUUAAGUUUGAUUUGGUAUCAGGGACAGAAAAUCUUAAAUAAGAAUAAAUACAAUAAUCAUGAAUUUAACUAGGACUAUGAAAUAAUGAAGAAAGAUUUUUUUAUAUUUUAUGGCUUUUAUUUCUCAUGGAAGUUGAUAACACCCGGGGACAUGGUAAAAACGUCUACAUCCACUGAAAAGUAGUUUAAAAAGUAUUUUUGUAUUUUAAAGGUAAAGGACACCUGACUUUCUAUUUAAAGGCCUUUUGGAAUCCACAUUUUACACUAUUUUACAUUGAAUAAGAAGUGAUAUUUCCUGAGGACAGAAAAGGCACCGCAAUGUAGGAAUGACCCAACUAGCAAAAUGACAUUUUACAUACAGUUGAAGUCGGAAGUUUACAUACACCUUAGCCAAAUACAUUUAAACUCAGUUUUUCACAAUUCCUGACAUUUAAUCCUAGUAAAAAUGCCCUGUCUUAGGUCAGUUAGGAUCACCACUUUAUUUUAAGAAUGUGAAAUGUCAGAAUAAUAGUAGAGAGAAUGAUUUAUUUCAGCUUUUAUUUCUUUCAUCACAUUCCCAGUGGGUCAGAAGUUUACAUACCCUCAAUUAGUAUUUGGUAGCAUUGCGUUUAAAUUGUUUAACUUGGGUCAAACGUUGCGGGUAGCCUUCCACAAGCUUCCCACAAUAAGUUGGGUGAAUUUUGGCCCAUUCCUCUUGACAGAGCUGGUGUAACUGAGUCAGGUUUGUAGGCCUCCUUGCUCGCACAUACUUUUUCAGUUCUGCCCACAAAUGUUCUAUAGGAUUGAGGUCAGGGCUUUGUGAUGGCCACUCCAAUACCUUGACUUUGUUGUCCUUAAGCCAUUUUGACACAACUUUGGAAGUAUGCUUGGGGUCAUUGUCCAUUUGGAAGACCCAUUUGCGACCAAGCUUUAACUUCCUGACUGAUGUAUUGAGAUGUUGCUUCAAUAUAUCCACAUAAUUUUCCUUCCUCAUGAUGCCAUCUAUUUUGUGAAGUGCACCAGUCCCUCCUGCAGCAAAGCACCCCCACAGCAUGAUGCUGCCACCCCGUGCUUCACGGUAGGCACUGUGUUCUUCGGCUUGCAAGAUACCCCCUUUUUCCUCCAAACAUAACGAUGGUCGGGCCUCCCAAGUGGCGUAGUGGUCUAAGACACUGCAUCACAGUGCUAGCUGUGCCACUAGAGAUCCUGGUUUGAGUCUAGGCUCUGUCGUAGCCGGUCGCGACCGGGAGACCCAUAGGGCGGCGCACAAUUGGCCCAGCGCUGUCCAGGGUAGGGGAGGGUUUGGCCGGCAGGGAUGUUGUUGUCCCAUCGCGCACUAGCGACUCCUGUGGCGAGCCGGGCGCAGUGCACACUGACUCGGUCGCCAAGUGUACAGUGUUUAUACUUGCGUACUAUUGUUUGUACAGAUGAACGUGGUACCUUCAGGUGUUUGGAAAUCGCUCCCAAUGAUGAACCAGACUUGUGGAGGUCUACAAAUUUUUUUCUGAGGUCUUAGCUGAUUUAUUUUGAUUUUCCCAUGAUGUCUGGCAAAGGGGCACUGAGUUUGAAGGUAGGCCUAGAAAUACAUCCACAGGUACACCUCCAAUUUACUAAAAUGAUGUCAAUUAGCCUAUCAGAAGCUUCUAAAGCCAUGACAUCAUUUUCUGGAAUUUUCCAAGCUGUUUAAAGGCACAGUCAACUUAGUGUAUGUAAAUGUCUGACCCUCUGGAAUUGUGAUACAGUGAUUUAUAAGUUAAAUAAUCUGUCUGUAAACAAUUGUUGGAAAAAUUACUUUUGUCAUGCACAAAGUAUCCAAAAACUAUAGUUUGUUAACUCCAACCUAAGUGUAUGUAAACUCUUCAACUGUAUAUCUGUACCAUUGUAACUCAAUCAAUCAAAUGUAUUUAUAAAUCCCUUUUUACAUCAGCAGAUGUCGCAAAGUACUAUACAGAAACCCAGCCUAAAACCCCAAACGGUAAGCAAUGUAGGUGUAGAAGCACGGUGGCUAGGAAAAACUCCCUAGAAAGGCAGGAACCUAGGAAGAAACCUAGAGAGGAACCAGGCUCUGAGGGGUGGCCAGUCGUCUUCUGGCUGUACCGGGUGGAGAUAGUACAUGGCGAUGAAGGCCAGAUUGUUCUUCAAGAUGUUCAAAUGUUCAUAGAUGACCAGCAGGGUCAAUCAGAGGUAGAGACAGCAGGUGUGAUAGAGAAAGAGAGAGUCAAAAACAGCAGGUCCGGGACAAGUUAGCACGUCCGGUGUAAAGGUCAGGGUUCCAUAGCCGCAGGCAGAACGUAGCAUGACAAGGUGGACUGGGGACAGCCAGGAGUCAUCAGGCCAGGUAGUCCUGAGGCAUGUUCCUAGAGCUCAGAUCCUCCGGGAGGGGAGGGAGAGAGAGAGAGGAGAGAAUUAGAGGGAGCAAACUUAAAUUCACACAGGACUCCAGAUAAGACAGGAGAAUUACAUCAGAUACAACAGACUGACCCUAGCCCCUCGGCACAUAGACUAUUGCAGCAUAGAUACUGGAGGCUGAGACGGGGGGGGGGGGGGGGGGGGGGACACUGUAGCCCCUUUUGACGAUACCCCCGGACAGGGCCAACCAGGCAGGAUAUAACCCCACCCACUUUGCCAAAGCACAGCCCCCACACCACUAGAGGGAUAUCAACAGACCACCAACUUACUACCCUUAGACAAGGCUGAGUAUAGCCCACACAGAUCUCCUCCACCGCACGUGCCUGAGGGGACGCAAAACCGGACAGAAAAAUCACAUCUGUGACUCAACCCACUCAAGUGACACACCCCUCCUAGGGAUGGCAUGGAAGAGCACUAGUAAGCCAGUGACUCAGCCCCCGUAAUAGGGUCAGAGGCAGAGUAUCCCAGUGGAGGGAUGGGAGCUGGUCAGGCUGAGACAGCAAGGGCAGUUCGUCGCUCCAGUGCCUUGCCAUUCACCUUUGCACCCCUGGGGAAGACUACACUCAAUCGAAGGACCUACUGAAGAGAUGAGUCUUCAGUAAAGACUUAAAGGUUGAGACCGAGUCUGCGUCGCUCACAUGGAUAGGCAGGCCAUUCCAAAAAAAUAGGAGAAACUCUACCUCCAGCUGUUUGCUUAGUAAUUCUAGGGACAAUAAGGAGGCCUGCGUCUUGUGACUGUAGCAUACGUGUAGGUAUGUACGGCAGGACCAAAUCGGAGAGAUACAGUGGCUUGCGAAAGUACAGUCGUGGUCAAAAGUUUUGAGAAUGACACAAGUAUUGGUCUUCACAAAGUUCGCUGCUUCAGUGUUAUGAGAUAUUUUUGUCAGAUGUUACUAUGGUAUACUGAAGUAUAAUUACAAGCAUUCCAUAAGUGUCAAAGGCUUUUAUUGACAAAUACAUUAAGUUUAUGCAAAGAGUCAAUAUUUGCAGUGUUGACCCUUCUUUUUCAAGACCUCUGCAAUCCGCCCUGGCAUGCUGUCAAUUAUCUUCUGGGCCACAUCCUGACUGAUGGCAGCCCAUCCUUGCAUAAUCAAUGCUUGGAGUUUGUCAGAGUUUGUGGGUUUUUGUUUGUCCACCCGAGGAUCAACCGCAAGUUCUCAAUGGGAUUAAGGUCUGGGGUGUUUCCUGGCCAUGGACCCAAAAUGUCGAUGUUUUGUUCCCCGAGCCACUUAGUUAUCACUUUUGCCUUAUGUCAAGGUGCUCCAUCAUGCUGGAAAAGGCAUUGGUCGUCACCAAACUGUUCUUGGAUGGUUGGGAGAAGUUGCUCUCGGAGGAUGUGUUGGUACCAUUCUAUAUUCAUGGCUGUGUUCUUAGGCAAAAUUGUGAGUGAGCCCACUCCCUUGUCUGAGAAGCAACCCCACACAUGAAUGGUCUCAGGAUGCUUUACUGUUGGCAUGACACAGGACUGAUGGUAGCGCUCACCUUAUCUUCUCCGGACAAGGUGGUUUCCGGAUGCCCCAAACAAUCGGAAAGGGGAUUCAUCAGAGAAAAUGACUUUACCCCAGUCCUCAGCAGUCCAAUCCCUGUACCUUUUUCAGAAUAUCAGUAUGUCCCUGAUGUUUUUCCUGGAGAGAAGUGGCUUCUUUGCUGCCCUUCUUGACACCAGGCCAUCCUCCAAAUGCCUUCGCCUCACUGUGCGUGCAGAUGCACUCACCCCUGCCUGCUGCCAUUCCUGAGCAUGCUCUGCACUGGUGGUGCCCCGAUCCCGCAGCUGAAUCAACUUUAGGAGACGGUCCUGGCGCUUGCUGGACUUUCUUGGGUGCCCUGACGCCUUCUUCACAAAAAUUGAACCUCUCUCCUUGAAGUUCUUGAUGGUCUGAUAAAUGGUUGAUUUAGGUGCAAUCUUAUUAGCAGCAAUAUCCUUGCCUGUGAAGCCCUUUUUGUGCAAAGCAAUGAUGACGGCACGUGUUUCCUUGCAGAUAACCAGGGUUAACAGAGGAAGAACAAUGAUUUCAAGCACCACCCUCCUUUUAAAGCUUCCAGUCUGUUAUUCUAACUCAAUCAGCAUGACAGAGUGAUCUCCAGCCUUGUCCUCGUCAACACUCUCACCUGUGUUAAUGAGAGAAUCACUGACAUGAUGGCAGCUGGUCCUUUUGUGGCAGGGCUGAAAUGCAGUGGAAAUUUGUUUUUGGGAUUAAGUUCAUUUUCAUGGCAAAGAGGGACUUUCUGGAGUAUAUGCAAAUUGCCAUCAUCAAAACUGAGGCAGCAGACUUUGUGAAAAUUAGUAUUUGUGUCAUUCUCAAAACUUGCGACAAUAUCAGCAAUUACAUGUCUCGGUUACUGUCUGGUGUCACAAACACAUGGUGUGACAACCACAGUUUGGCUACUUUUUCUACAGAAGUCACAAAUUCAAGCAUUGUGUCAAGUUGUUUGGUUGAUCAUCUGAUGGGACUUAUGAGCAGCUGGGUAAAAUGAAAGUAUCUAAAUUUGUUUUCUGUUGUUGUAUCUACAGGUACACAGAGUGUGUCCACAGUGAGUCAAGUGUCUGUAAAGCGAGGAGGCUCCAUCACCAUCCCAUGUCUCUAUGGUCAGAUAUAUAGAAACCAUGUGAAAUACUGGUGUAGGGGAUCUGGUUGGUUAAGUUACUCUAAUGUAGUACGCACUGACCAUCCUAAAACCAGUGGUAAGACCUCAAUCUCUGAUGACAUCAACCAGCAAAUGUUCACUGUGACCAUAACGAAGCUUAGUCCUAGUGAUUCUGAUUAUUACUGGUGUAUUGUGGAGAAGGAAUGCACAGAUGAUGGGGUUGGACUGCAGUUAUCUGUUACUCCAGGUAAGAUCCAAACACUGCUGUGUCCAUUAAAGCAGAAUUAAUAGUAGUGCUCAGUAAUGUCCCAUAAAGUAAUGUCCCAUAAUAGUCCUGUUGAUGAGUGUGUUACAUUUACCUCUACGAAGCAGUCAUACAUAUUUUCACCAAAUGAAAUCCAUUGAGGAUAUUAUAUUGGUAGAUUACAAACAUCUCUGUGCACCUCCUGGGUCAGAGCAGAUAGUGUGUUUGAUAGAAUCACAUGUUGCUGUAUCAUUAUCUAACACACUGUCUGUUCUGUAUGCUCAUGUCUACAUCUAUUGUACAUACUAUCAGUGACUGCACAAGUGUUUCAACAUACACUUUCUCAGUGUAAUAUGAAUAUCAAUGAUGACUAGGUAGUCGCCAAUAUACAGUACCAGUCAAACGUUUGGACACACCUCCUCAUUCAAGGGUUUUUCUUAAUUUUUACUGUUUUCUACAUCGUAGAAUAAUAGUGAAGACAUCAAAAGGAAUCAUGUAGUAACCAAAAAAGUGUUAAACAAAUCAAAAUAUAUUUUAUAUAAUAGCCCUUACACUCCUCCAGGCCGGGAUGUUUAACCAAGAAGGAGAGUGAUGGAGUGCUGCAUCAGAUGACCUGGCCUCCACAAUCCCCCGACCUCAACCCAAUUGAGAUGGUUUGGGAUGAGUCCGACGGCAGAGUGAAGGAAAAUCAGCCAACAAGUGCUCAGGAUAUGUGGGAACUCCUUCAAGACUGUUGGAAAAGCAUUCCAGUUGAAGCUGGUUGAGAGAAUGCCAAGAGUGUGCAAUGCUGUCAUCAAGGCAAAGGAUGGCUAUUUGAAGAAUCUCAAAUAUAAAUAUAUUUUGAUUUGUUUAACACUUUUUUGGUUACUACAUGAUUGCAUAUGUGUUAUUUCAUAGUUUUGAUGUCUCACUAUUAUUCUACAAUGUAAUAAAUUGUAAAAAAUUAAGAAAAACCCUUGAAUGAGUAGGUGUGUCCAAACUUUUGACUGGUAGUGUAUAUUGGUGUAUUCUUUAUCAGACUCAUCCAAUCACUACCUCUAUCAUUGUGUUCAGUUACUCCAGAACUCUAUGUUGACCAACAAGAGCUGACUGGAGUUGCAGGAUGGGUGGCUCUUGCUCUUGUGUGGCUGUGGGACCUUUUGGGACUUUAGAUGGAACAUUUGUGAAGUUACAGCAGGAGCAGAGAAAAAACACCAACGGCUUGGUUUUAACUGUGAAGUUGACUGGACUGAGGAUGGAGAACACUGGCUGA